CUGUUACACAAAACACUGACAUCCCCUUGCCAGCUGGCUGCAGACAUAACCCAGAAGAACCGGUCUUCUUUGACAACUUCCCCAUGGAUGCUGUAUGGGUCUGUAUAAAGGCAGUCAAGUGAGGUGAGGGGCCAGUAUAGGCUCGCCUCCCCCUGCUACCUGCUGGUUGGUUGUGAAUGCAGACACUAGAGAUGAAGGCUUUGCUCCUGACCGUUAGCCUCUGUCUGGUUGCUGCCCUGCAGGCCCAGGACUCCUCAUUCCUUGCUUUCAAUAAUGUGAAUUUUUCCGGGAAGUGGUUCAACAAGGCCAUGGUGUCAGAAGACGAGUUCCCAAUAAGCAAGGUCUCACCCAUUUUUAUCUUGGUGCUGAACAACGGAGACUUGGAGUUUUCUGUCACAUUUAUGAUGUACGGCCAGUGCUUUGAAGUGACCAUCAUCUUGGAGAAAACAGAUGUGCCUGGCCAAUACACUGCCUGGACCCCCACAUUUGAGGGUAAGACCCACCUGAAGGUGCAGGUGCAGCCAUCUUCUGUGAAGGGCCACUACAUGCUCUACUGUGAGGGGGAUGUGGAGGAGAUGAGCUUCACCAUGACCCAGCUCAUGGGGAAGGACCCCCAGGAAGAUUUGGAGGCCUUGGAGGAAUUUAAGGAGUUCACACAGCUAAAGAGACUUGUUCCAGAGAACCUGCUCAUACCUGAACAGAUGGAAACAUGUGAACCAGAGAGUAACUAGAGCAUGGCGAACCAAGGCUCCAAAGAAGCCCAAGGCAGCGAGCACAGCCAGAAUCUCUGUCCUGUGGGAGGCGGAAAGAGUGCCCUGUUGGUCCCUCUGACUCUCCUCUCUCUCCUCAUCCUCCUCCCCAUCGCCUCAAUAAAGAGCUUCAGCAGGC